AUGGGUGCCGCGCAGUCUAUUCCAUCCGAGAUCGAAGGAGUCCAUUUUUCUAACACCCACCCACCCCGGAAUAAACUCACCAAACCUCGAACUAACUCGAACACUACGAGCCGUGAAGCCUCCUGUCUACCUCCCGCGCUCUCUCGACUAAGUCUCUCUGGCGGAUCAAGGCCCUUGACUGUGCAAUAUCAAACCACCGAAGAAUCACACGCAGGCAUUAUUGCAGUCGAAUAUUCGAAAACAUUACCCCCUAAUGAUGUUCGGAAAUCUGGGAUGUGGUCAUUUGUGGGGGAUCAUGACUUUGAGGCUUAUUCCGAAUCUGCUGUGGAUUCAGCCCUUCCUGGGGUGGUCAGCGUCAUGCCCGUAAGCACUGGAAUGCGCAGAAAAGGAAGUAUGGUCACACGCAGCUCAACCAACAGCAGUGCAGCAUGUGCACCACCUCCCAACCGUAAUUCUGAAAUACCUUCGAUGGGCACUGUCCGGCGUAGAUCCCAACUUCUCGCAGCACCACCUGCGACAGCGACUAGGAAACCAGUACAACCAUACUUACAGGACCAAUGUCUUCCUGAUACACCGUCUCCAGAUUCUUACACAUUUUUACCUCCAUCAAUGGGAUAUGAUUCUGACCGAUGUACGACACCUUCUGGAUAUAGCGUUCUUGGGGCUUUCAAAAGGGGAUCUUUGAGAAUUGCAAACGGUGCAGCAUCUCCGGCACCAUCGUCUUCAAGGGCUUCUCCGGAAAUGUCUAUGAAGACUGAAUAUUUUGGUUCGAAUAUUGCACUUCCCGGUGACUUGAUUAGUAGGCCGCCAUCGAGUGAUAAACCGCUUUUUGUGGUUACAAACUCGAUACUUCCAACCCGUGAGGUGCGCCUUGUUCCACCAUCACCUACAGACGAGAGAGACGGUGAUGAAGAUGAAAUACCGAGCAGUCCAUUCAGUUUCACCCGGAGCCCCAGUGUUCAUAGCGAAGAUAUCGACGAUUCGCCAUUCGAAUUCGAACCCCCAGCCAAUGAUACGCCAGAUAGCUUGCGACAGUCUCUUUUUAGGCCGACACAGAGCUAUGAGAGUCUUUCUAGUACCGCGUCCAGUGCUAUAUCCACCGGAUAUGAGUACCACAGGAUCCUUUCAGAGCAAUGUUUGAGCCGGCGUUUUGAUAAGCCAGUACGUGUUGAUGUCAAAAUGUCAAAGAUGUUUGCAUCAGCGCCUUUUGUUGGGAAUGAUGUGCAUGAUCAUACCUUCUCUGAGGGAGAUCAAAAAGAGAACGAUAAACACACUCGACGUCCCAGUAUCAAUGAGGUUGGUGGUGAGAGUAUGGACUCUGGCUAUAGCUCCUCUGGAUCCGUAAAUAGUUGGAAAACAGCAUGGAGCCAUCAGCAUGCCAAAUCAAAAUCUACCGCUCGUAAAUCGGAAGUCUUGAUGACAACAGAGGACAAUCCAGUUUUUUCUGAAGAAGUUCUGAUGAAGCCCGAACAGCCAGUAUCGAGAAGGAGAAGUGUUGUUGCAGCCAUCCGGAGGAGGUAUUCUCAAGGUGACCUCAAGGCCUUUGCCCGAAAUAAUAACAUCAUAAAACAACCACCUGUACCAACAAUUCCGGUUGUAGAGCGCAGUAAAUCCCUGUGGAAACCACGACCGGAGCUAAAACAUCGGAGAAGCAUGAUCACAGUUACCAAAAGUUCAGUUCAACAAAUUGAAGUACCUAAAACAUCGCCUGAUAUCCAGCCCGUACCCCCGCUACCUCAGCAUGCCAAGGUGGAGCGGAAGGGGGCUUUCAAUCUUCUUACUGUCGAAGAUUACCUACCACUAGUAGAGCAGAUUCCAUUCACGCCGAUUGAUGACCGUAACCCAGGUGCAGCCGGCCUUGCUUUUACUAGUCCAGCUGGUAAUAUGCACGACUCGAUUAUGCACAUCAGUAUUGGGCCAGAGUUGUGUCGCGGCAGCAGGAUUACAGGGCAGGAAUACUAUCAGCGCUUCUCAAGGCAGCAGUCUACAGGAGUAAGGGCAAUGAUCGGUUGA